AAAAAAAAAAAGCCCCCAGAAAGAGACGGCUUCAUGCACUACCAACACCGAUAGACAUCGAUACGUGCUUUUAGAGUUUGUAUCCUACAGAUAUACCGAAGAAACAAAGACGGGGCGUAAUUUGGACUCCUUUUAAUAAUCGUCAGCGAGCAGAAAAUAUGACAGCUCAAAGCGGGAUUUUGAUUAAAGGAGGGAAGGUGGUAAAUGAGGAUUUCUCGGAGGUGGCAGACGUGUAUAUUGAAGAUGGGGUUAUCAGAGGAGUUGGAUCGGGUCUGCGGGUAGCAGCCGGCACACGGGUCAUCGAUGCCACAGACAGACUCGUGCUGCCGGGUGGAAUAGACACUCACACACACAUGGAGCUGUCAUUCAUGGGCACCACAGCUGUGGAUGACUUUCAUACCGGCACCAAGGCCGCAGUCGCAGGAGGCACGACCAUGAUCCUGGACUUUGUCAUCCCACAGAAGGGGUGUUCUCUCUUGGAAGCCUAUGAGCGGUGGAGAACAACGGCUGACCCCAAAGUCUGCUGCGAUUACUCCCUUCAUAUGGCAGUAACCUGGUGGGAUGACACUGUCAAAAAGGAAAUGGAGACUCUUGUUCGUGACAAAGGUGUCAACUCUUUUAAGAUGUUCAUGGCGUACAAAGACGUCUUUAUGCUACGCGACAAUGAGCUCUGUGCCGUAUUUGCUCAUUGUAAAGAGAUCGGAGCAAUAGCUCAAGUCCAUGCAGAGAAUGGAGACCUCAUUGCAGAGGGCGCAAAGCGUAUGCUCUCUCUGGGCAUCACGGGUCCCGAGGGCCAUGAGAUGUGUCGUCCGGAGGAAGUGGAGGCCGAGGCCACCCAGCGUGCCAUCACUAUCGCCCAUGCCGCUAACUGCCCGCUGUAUGUAGUGCACGUCAUGAGCAAAUCUGCAGCGAAGGUGGUGGCUAAUGCUCGCAGAAACGGCCGAGUGGUGUUUGGAGAGCCCAUUGCAGCUGGACUGGGCACAGAUGGCACUAACUACUGGCAUAAGGAUUGGAGUCACGCUGCUGGUUUUGUCAUGGGCCCACCUUUGAGACCAGACCCCAGUACCCCUGGAUAUCUGAUGGAUCUGCUGGCAAAUGAUGAUCUAAGCGUGACGGGGACAGAUAACUGCACAUUCUCAAUAUGCCAGAAAGCCCUUGGAAAAGACGACUUCACCAAAAUCCCGAACGGAGUCAAUGGCGUGGAAGACAGGAUGUCUGUUAUCUGGGAAAAGGGAGUGCACAGCGGAAAAAUGGACGAAAACCGGUUUGUAGCUGUCACCAGUACUAACGCAGCAAAAAUCUUCAACCUUUAUCCUCGAAAAGGGAGAAUUGCUAAAGGCUCUGAUGCAGACCUGGUCAUAUGGGACCCAAAGGCCACCAGGGUGAUUUCAGCAAAGACUCACCACCAGGCUGUGGACUAUAACAUUUUUGAAGGAAUGCUGUGCCAUGGGCUUCCAGUGGUUACAAUCUCCAGGGGGAAGGUGGUUUAUGAAAACAGACAACUGUUCACAAAACCAGGAAUGGGGCGAUACAUCCCACGGAGACCCUUUUCUGAAUUUGUGUACAAAAGAAUUAAUCAGCGGGAAAAGGUUGGAAAGCCCUGCGCUGUGUGCAGAGAACCAUACACUGGUGAAAUAAUAUCCAUAUGCCCAAAGAAAUCCUGAAUCAUGGAAGAAAGAUGAAUUGACAGUAUACUUUUAAAAACAAAAGCCAGUAAUAACCAAAAACGGAUUUGCCAUAGAAGAAACAUUUAAAGUUUUUCUCUGUAAAGAACCCAGAAACCACUGCACUGCUCUAAAGAACCUUAACAUCUAUACACUCAAUGAUGUGUAUAGUGAUGAUCAUUUCUGGCAUUCUCCUGUUUUGUGUUUUGAAUCACACACCAAAAAGGACAUACAGUAUUGUCAAAUAUUUUUAGAUACAAAUACACUUUUAUAUUGUCAUGAUCAUACUCUGAAAAGACAUGAAAAAAACGUAUCCAGCUAAGAUGCAGAAAAUGAUCAAAAGUUACAUGAAAGACAUAUUACGAAAUACUGUAUGUAUAUUUAAAAAAAAAUGCUUAUAUAUAUAUAUAUAUAUAUAUAUAUAUAUAUAUAUAUAUAUAUAUAUAUAUAUAUAUAUAUAUAUAUAUAUAUAUAUAUAUAUACAUAAUAUACAUACAUAAUUGCGUGUGUAUAAAUAACUGUUUCCACCUGUGAUCAUAAAUUCUUCUUGAAAUUGCAACUUUACUAGCAAAGGUUAAAUAAUAAUAAUAAUAAUAAAUUACAUAAUAUACAAAAAAAUAUGAAAAUAGAAAAGUUUUAAAAAGUUUAAAACUGUAAUAAUAUUUCACAAUAUUACUGUUUUUAGCGUAUUUGCAAUCAAAUAAAUAUAGCCUGUAAGAAGGCGGACUUUCAACGUCA